AUGGCAAACUCCAAGUUCGAGUAUGUCAAGGACUUCGAGCAGCCGGACAUCCUACUCCCCAAUACGUGGAUUGUGGUACGAAUCGAUGGCAGAGGUUUUCACAAACUAUCUGAUCACUAUGAGUUCAUCAAGCCAAAUGACCGCCGCGCGCUCGAUCUCAUGAAUGCCGCCGCUGUUGAGGUCAUGAAAGAGCUGCCGGAUCUAUGCAUUGCCUACGGGGUCAGCGAUGAGUUCAGUUUCGUCUUCCACCCUACUUGCCAGCUUUUUGAGCGGCGAAAUGCGAAACUUGUGACUACCAUUGUGUCAACCUUCACAGCUCAUUACAUCUAUCUGUGGUCUACCUACUUCCCCGCCAGGCCGCUCCAGCCACCGUAUCUUCCUUCCUUCGAUGGACGGGCAGUUAUCUACCCUUCCACACGGAUCUUGCGGGACUACAUGAGCUGGAGACAGGUUGACUGUCAUAUCAAUAAUCUCUACAACACAACUUUCUGGACAAUGGUCCUACAAGGCGGGAUGAGUAACACAGAUGCAGAGCAGGAGCUCAAGGGUACUGUCUCUGCGGACAAGAACGAGAUUCUCUUCAAGCGGUUCGGCAUCAACUACAAUAAUGAAGAAGAGAUUUAUAGGAAGGGAAGUGUUCUAUACCGACAGUACGAACUCCAGGAACCAAAGCCAUCCACGGGAGACGAAGAAAGUGCACCAGAGGUAAAUAAGUCAAGAUCUCAACAGGACAAACUGAAGAAACUUCGUCGGAAAGCACAGGUCGUGGUUGAUCACAUCGAUAUCAUCAAAGAUGAUUUUUGGGAAAGGCGGCCUUGGAUUCUAUCCAACAAGCCGGGUACACUUCCAGCGCAGAAUCAAGUCUAG